CGCCUAAUUCAUCUGCUCCCUGCCCACCACCUCUCUGCCCGAGGGAGGAUGAAAAUGCUUUGCUGGAGGGUGGCACUGUGGCUGGCCGGGUGGACUGUCUGCGGGAAGCCUUCCUCCUGCGCUGGCCUUGAUUAUGACUACGCUUACGAUUUCACUGAAGAGGACAGAGCGGAGGCGAUAGAUUAUAAGGAUCCUUGCAAAGCCGCUGUCUUUUGGGGAGAUAUUGCCUUAGAUGAUGAAGACUUAAAAAUCUUUCAAAUUGACAGGACGAUUGACCUUACGCAGCACUCCAACGAAAGACUUGGCCAUAACACAGGUGGCUUUGGAGAACAUGGGAUGUCAAAAAAACGAGGUGCCCUCUAUCAGCUCAUAGACAGGAUAAGAAGAUUUGGCUCUGGCUUUGAGCAAAAUAAUACAACUAAAGGAAGAACUUCUGUAAAAUUCUCAGGGAAAAAUGAGAAAAACCGAUUUCCCAGAGCUGCCACAUCACGAACAGAAAGAAUAUGGCCAGGUGGUGUCAUUCCAUAUGUAAUAGGUGGAAAUUUCACUGGCACCCAGCGCGCCAUGUUCAAACAGGCUAUGCGGCAUUGGGAAAAGUACACGUGCGUUACGUUUAUUGAACGAAGCGAUGAAGAAAGUUACAUCGUAUUUACAUACAGACCAUGUGGGUGCUGUUCUUAUGUGGGUCGAAGGGGAAAUGGUCCUCAGGCUAUAUCUAUUGGCAAGAACUGUGAUAAAUUUGGUAUAGUUGUCCAUGAAUUGGGUCAUGUGAUAGGUUUUUGGCACGAACAUACACGACCAGACCGUGAUGACCAUGUCACCAUCAUUAGAGAAAAUAUCCAGCCUGGUCAGGAAUACAACUUCUUGAAGAUGGAGCCUGGAGAGGUGAACUCCCUUGGGGAACCAUACGACUUUGACAGCAUUAUGCACUAUGCCAGGAACACCUUCUCAAGGGGCAUGUUUCUGGAUACCAUUCUCCCUUCCCGUGAUGAUAAUGGUAUACGACCUGCCAUUGGCCAGCGUACUCGUCUAAGUAAAGGAGAUAUUGCACAGGCAAGAAAGCUGUAUAGAUGUCCAGCCUGUGGAGAAACACUGCAGGAAUCUACAGGAAACUUCUCUUCUCCAGGAUUUCCAAAUGGUUAUCCUUCCUACACACACUGCAUAUGGAGAAUCUCUGUGACCCCAGGGGAGAAGAUUGUUUUAAACUUCACGACCAUGGACCUUUACAAGAGCAGUCUCUGUUGGUACGACUAUAUUGAAGUGAGAGAUGGCUACUGGAGAAAAUCACCUCUGCUUGGCAGGUUUUGUGGUGACAAACUGCCAGAAGUCCUCGCAUCCUCUGACAGCAGGAUGUGGAUCGAGUUCCGCAGCAGCAGCAACUGGGUUGGGAAAGGUUUUGCAGCAAUUUAUGAAGCUAUCUGUGGAGGUGAAAUCCACAAAAAUGAAGGCCAGAUCCAGUCUCCCAAUUAUCCGGAUGACUACAGACCAAUGAAGGAAUGUGUGUGGAAAAUAACAGUGUCAGAAAACUACAAUGUAGGAUUAACCUUUCAGGCAUUUGAGAUUGAAAGACAUGAUAACUGUGCAUAUGACUACUUGGAAAUUCGAGAUGGAACAAAUGAAAACAGUCCUUUAAUUGGUCACUUUUGUGGCUACGACAAGCCAGAAGACAUUAGAUCUACCUCUAAUACCCUGUGGAUGAAGUUUGUUUCUGAUGGAACCGUUAACAAAGCAGGGUUUGCAGCUAACUUUUUUAAAGAGGAAGAUGAAUGUGCCAAACCUGACAAUGGUGGCUGUGAGCAGCGCUGUGUAAAUACUCUGGGCAGUUACCAGUGCGCCUGUGAUCCUGGCUAUGAACUUGGUCCUGACAAAAAGAGUUGUGAAGCUGCUUGCGGAGGACUACUGACAAAGCUAAAUGGGACUAUAACCACACCAGGGUGGCCCAAAGAGUAUCCUCCAAACAAAAACUGUGUGUGGCAGGUGGUUGCCCCGACGCAAUACCGAAUUUCAAUGAAGUUUGAGUUUUUUGAGUUAGAAGGGAAUGAAGUUUGCAAAUACGAUUACGUGGAGAUUCGUAGUGGCCUUUCUUCUGAUUCUAAACUACACGGUAAAUUCUGCGGUACAGAUGUGCCUGAAGUUAUCACCUCUCAGUACAACAACAUGCGAAUUGAGUUCAGAUCUGACAACACUGUGUCAAAAAAAGGCUUCAAGGCACACUUCUUCUCAGACAAGGAUGAGUGUUCGAAGGACAAUGGUGGCUGUCAGCACGAGUGCAUCAACACGGUAGGAAGCUACGUUUGCCAGUGCCGAAAUGGAUUUGUGCUACACGAAAACAAACAUGACUGCAAGGAGGCUGAGUGUGAACAGAAGAUCCACAGUCCCAACGGCAUCAUCACGAGUCCCAACUGGCCCGACAAAUAUCCCAGUAGAAAGGAGUGCACGUGGGAAAUCAGUGCCACCCCCGGGCAGAGGGUCAAACUGACCUUCAAUGAAUUUGAGAUAGAACAACAUCAAGAAUGUGCUUACGACCACUUGGAAGUGUUUGAUGGUGAAAGUGAAAAAUCACCAAUUCUGGGACGCUUAUGUGGCAAUAAGAUACCAGAUCCUCUUAUUGCUACUGGCAACAAAAUGUUUCUCCGCUUUAUUUCUGAUGCAUCAGUUCAAAGAAAAGGCUUCCAAGCAACACACUCUACAGAGUGUGGUGGUCGGCUGAAAGCUGAAACCAAGCCCAAAGAUCUGUACUCGCAUGCUCAGUUUGGCGAUAACAACUAUCCGGUUCAGGCGGAUUGCGACUGGCUCCUCAUGGCAGAGCGCGGCUAUCGAGUCGAGUUAAUGUUUCAGACUUUUGAGGUUGAAGAAGAGGCAGACUGUGGUUAUGACUACGUGGAGCUGUUUGAUGGUCAUGAUAAGACAGCUAUGAGACUUGGUCGAUUUUGUGGAUCUGGGCCACCAGAAGAAAUUUAUUCAGCAGGGGAAGCUCUUUUACUUCACUUUCACACUGAUGAUACAAUCAACAAGAAAGGAUUUCAUAUACGAUACAGAAGUAUAAAAUAUCCAGAUAGUGUGCACACCAAAAAAUAACGCAAGAACCUCUAUGCCAGAAAAGGAGAGUGAGAAAGAAAGAACGCACAGUGGAAAGAAAGGAAGGCGUGUCUUUUUUUUUAAACUGAAGUUAUUAGCACAAAUGUUUUAUAUGAGUUCAGUUGAAAUGCCGACUUACAAGACCAGAGACUGAAAUAAAAUAAA